GAGGCAGCGACGAACUACACUUCCCAAUGCGCUUAAGCAACGGAAAUGACGUAAAGAGCAGACAGAGUUGGAGGGUUCGGGUAAAAAUGGCUGAAUAUUUAGCUUCGAUAUUCGGGACUGACAAGGACAAGGUUAACUGCUCUUUUUACUUUAAGAUCGGGGCCUGCCGGCACGGGGACCGGUGCUCCCGGCUUCACAACAAACCGACUUUCAGCCAGACCAUAGUGCUGCUCAACCUGUACCAGAAUCCACAGAACACCGCCCAAACCGCAGACGGCUCGCACUGUCACGUGAGCGACGUGGAGGUGCAAGAACACUAUGAUAACUUCUUCGAGGAGGUGUUCACGGAGCUGCAGGAGAAGUACGGGGAGAUUGAAGAGAUGAAUGUGUGCGACAACCUGGGGGACCACCUCGUGGGCAAUGUCUAUGUCAAGUUUCGGCGUGAGGAGGAUGCAGAGCGUGCAGUGGCUGAGCUCAAUAACCGCUGGUUCAAUGGGCAGGCUGUGCAUGCUGAGCUGUCUCCUGUCACCGACUUUCGGGAGUCAUGCUGCCGGCAGUAUGAGAUGGGGGAAUGUACCCGCGGUGGCUUCUGCAACUUCAUGCACCUGCGGCCCAUCUCCCGUAACCUCCGACGUCAGCUGUAUGGGCGGGGACCCAGGCACAGACUUGCUCUGAGCAUCAUCCAAAGAUCAGCGCCUGAGUCUCAACCCCCAAACCAGCUGGAACUCCAAAGCCCCAAACCCAAGACCAGUCUGGAUCUCCAGUCCCGGGAUUGGUCCCUGAGAACCCCUCCUGAUACCACUCAGCAACUCUGGUUACCUGCCCCAUCCCAGAGCAGAGAGGCAGAGCUGGGGAACAGUGCCUCACUCCUUCCAGCUCUAACCCUCAUCUCUCCACUCCUGUCCCCAGGUCACCCCCGAGGUCCCACACCGGCCACCGUCCCCGAGAAAGAAACCGACGACGUUCCCCAGACCACCGGCAUGGCCGCUUCUGAGACCCUGGCUCCCUUGACCUCCACCCCUGACAGGCUUAAAUGUUCCCAGCCAGGACCCCUCCUUAAAGCUCCCUUAACUCCCCAGCUCUAUCUUCCCCAGGCUCCCGGGCUCCGUGAUGUAUCUUUUCAGUACAGGGUUCUUCUCUUACCACCCCUCCCCUAAUAAAGCUCUGUAUUGAGGGUUUAGAACCUAUUAGCUUGA